GGAGGCUCGCGCCCGCCCUCCCCCCCGACCCGGCGCGCCCCGCGAGGGUGAAACGCUUUCUCCCGGCAUGCAGCGGGGGGAGGGAUUUAACACCAAGAUGGCGGACAGCCCGGAUGAGUACGAGAAAGAAGCGGGUUGUGUCCCCAUUCUCCAUCCCGAGGAAAUCAAGCCUCAAAGCCAUUAUAACCAUGGAUAUGGUGAACCUCUUGGACGUAAAAGCCACAUUGAUGAUUAUAGCACAUGGGACAUAGUCAAAGCUACACAAUACGGAAUAUAUGAACGCUGCAGAGAGUUGGUGGAAGCAGGUUAUGAUGUGAGGCAACCAGACAAAGAAAAUGUCACACUCCUCCAUUGGGCUGCCAUAAAUAACAGGAUAGACCUAGUAAAAUAUUAUAUAUCGAAAGGUGCUAUUGUGGAUCAACUAGGAGGAGACCUAAAUUCAACACCACUACACUGGGCCACAAGACAGGGCCAUUUAUCAAUGGUUGUACAACUUAUGAAAUAUGGUGCAGAUCCUUCACUAAUUGAUGGAGAAGGAUGCAGCUGUAUUCACCUGGCUGCCCAGUUUGGACACACUUCUAUUGUUGCUUAUCUGAUAGCAAAAGGACAGGAUGUAGAUAUGAUGGAUCAGAAUGGAAUGACCCCUUUAAUGUGGGCAGCUUACAGGACACAUAGUGUGGAUCCAACUCGAUUGCUUUUAACAUUUAAUGUUUCAGUUAAUCUUGGUGACAAAUAUCAUAAAAACACUGCAUUACAUUGGGCAGUACUAGCAGGAAAUACUACAGUCAUUAGUCUUCUUCUGGAUGCUGGAGCUAAUGUUGACGCCCAGAAUAUCAAGGGAGAAUCACCACUUGAUUUGGCAAAACAAAGAAAAAAUGUUUGGAUGAUUAAUCAUUUACAAGAAGCAAGACAGGCAAAAGGGUAUGACAAUCCAUCUUUCCUCAAGAAGCUAAAGGCUGAUAAGGAAUUUCGGCAGAAGGUAAUGCUAGGAACUCCUUUCCUAGUUAUAUGGCUGGUUGGGUUUAUAGCAGACCUAGAUAUUGAUUCUUGGCUCAUUAAAGGGCUAAUGUAUGGUGGUGUUUGGGCUAUGGUCCAGUUUCUUUCAAAAUCAUUUUUUGACCACUCAAUGCACAGUGCAUUGCCACUUGGAAUAUAUUUGGCAACCAAAUUCUGGAUGUAUGUGACGUGGUUCUUCUGGUUUUGGAAUGAUCUCAACUUUUUAUUCAUUCACCUUCCAUUCCUUGCCAAUAGUGUUGCACUUUUCUACAAUUUUGGAAAGUCUUGGAAAUCAGACCCAGGAAUUAUUAAAGCUACAGAAGAGCAGAAGAAAAAGACAAUAGUUGAACUUGCAGAAACAGGAAGUCUGGACCUCAGUAUAUUCUGCAGUACCUGUUUGAUACGGAAGCCAGUGAGGUCCAAACAUUGUGGUGUAUGCAAUCGAUGUAUAGCAAAAUUUGAUCAUCAUUGCCCAUGGGUGGGUAAUUGUGUAGGAGCAGGCAACCAUCGCUACUUCAUGGGCUAUUUGUUCUUCUUGCUCUUUAUGAUCUGCUGGAUGAUUUAUGGUUGUAUUUCUUAUUGGGGCAUCCACUGUGAGACUACUUACACAAAGGAUGGAUUUUGGACAUAUAUUACUCAGAUUGCCACUUGUUCACCUUGGAUGUUUUGGAUGUUCCUGAACAGUAUUUUUCACUUCAUGUGGGUAGCUGUGUUACUCAUGUGUCAGAUGUAUCAGAUAUCAUGUUUAGGUAUUACUACAAAUGAAAGGAUGAAUGCCAGAAGAUAUAAGCACUUUAAAGUUACAACAACAUCUAUUGAAAGCCCUUUCAACCAUGGAUGUCUAAGAAACAUUAUAGACUUCUUUGAAUUCCGAUGCUGUGGCCUCUUUCGUCCUGUCAUUGUGGACUGGACUAGACAGUAUACGAUAGAGUACGACCAAAUUUCAGGAUCUGGCUACCAGCUUGUGUAGCACCCCCGUUAUCCUGUGAGCGAGUCUUCUCUGAGUGACGCCUGGAAAUUGUGUCUGGCUGUUUCUCUCUCACUCGAAUCCACACCCUUUGAACAACAGCAUGCUCUGUGUAGGGCUAACCCUGAAUCUUACAGCACCUUCUCUUCAUCAGUCAGCUUUCUUAAUAAAAGCAAGUGUGGACAGAACACACUGCCACUGCGGAAAAAGGAGAAAGACCAUCACCGGGCCAGGACUUAUUUUAAUGUGGGAUUUCACCGCAUCCUCACCUUUUUGGUUUCAUUCUCAUAAUACUCUACACAAGAAGCACCGCUUAAGUAAAAAGUUGGUGGAGGCUACACAGGUCAGAAAUAAUUUGAUUCAAGUGAAGUUAAGAUUUAUAGUAAAAUACUAGAUUUGAUGAUGCAGGUUGAUGUUGAUAACAUUACAUUUAGUUCUAGUGCUGGGGUCUUCAUUCACUUGAGUAUUAUGUACAUUGAAAAAUGUACAUUUUAAGACUAUGACGAAAAUCAUGUCAUUUUAUUUGGGAUCCACUGUUCAGACUGCUGUUGGAGGAUGAAUGGCACAACAAAAUAAUGUUCACGAGGAAUGUGCUGCAUAUGGUUUAUUCCUAUCAGCUGCUAUAAGGCUGAUCUAGUUAUAGUACAGUGAAAUAAUUGGAAACACUUUUUUCUGAGGUUGUGUGGUCUGAUAAUACCUUGCAUGAGUACAGUUACGUCAGUUUCCUUUGUUUACACUUAAAAGCCCUUACACGGUGCAUGAUACGCCUCUGAAUGUGUAUGUUAGAAGAUACAGUCCAGUGAACAAUAAAUUGGAAUUUAAUUUGAUAUGUUGAAUAUCAUAGCAAGAGUUUUUCAAAAUUAUGUUACCUGAACACUGGAAGUAGUCCAGAUACAAAAACAAAAAAACAAAGGAAAGGUGACAUUUUCAAGGAAAACCAUAUAAGUAGAAUCAAAGAAGUGAGUGAAAAAGUUCAGUGACCUGAAGAAAUGGCUUUCUUUCCUGUUAGUUCCAUGUUGCAAUAUAAAUUGUAGGCAAAAUAAUGAAAUUCAGCAAAAAAAGGAGAUGAUCCCUGCAGAUAGCAUAUGUGAAUAACAGAAAACCUAGUGGUUCCUUCUGAUGACUUGUCAGCAAGUGGAAUUUAGCCCCUAAAUGUAGCUAAAUGUUCACAAAUUGAAUGUUUUUAGAAAAUUUUUAAGCUAUCUGAAAGAAUUUCAGAAAGGCUUUUUACUGUUUGAUGUGAUGCACUGAUCAUUUUUGGUUACAGCAUUUCAUUAUACUCAUGGUGAACUUUAAUUCACUGCUUUCUUAACUAUUGUUUACAGAGUGAGACUUGGUUUGAGUCCUCUUUAAGUGCUGUAGCAAACUAGUGGUUCGAGAACCUGUGAGAAGAAAUGAGGGAGGGGUGGGAGGGAGGGGAGACUGAUAACAGAUCCUAGACCAGUGUAAAGAAUGUGUAUCUGUAUAUAAAUAAUUUAUCAAAUAGUUUUCUCUUUGUGAGUGCGUGUGGUAGUAUAUUUAAAAUUGCUCAUUUCAUUUUAUCCAACCAAAAAGAAUAGGAAAAUAUCUAAUGAGCUUCUAGUGAUGUUCAGUAUUGCUGUGAAUAGGCAUUAUACCCCGCAAGUUCACUGCAUGUCUUAUGCUUGGUAAAAUUAGCAUUUCCUGUAAUAUGGAAAUUACAGGUAUUAAAGCAAUCUAGUGGUAUUCCCGCCCCUUGCCUUAGUAAGAGGAGCAGUGAAAUUGUAAAUAGUUAAUGUUCAGUAUUUGCAAGUACCAUUUUUUUUUCUCUAGCUGUUUCUUUUAUCACAAGACACACAGCAAAAAUUCAACCUUGAAACCUGAAAGUUUUAAUAUUGGAAAAUUGACAUCUAUAUUUUAGUUUUAGAAAGGGAAGAAAUGCGUAGAGGGGUGGCAACAGAGCCGUACGAUUUUCUCAUAGAAGGUCAAACAACUGGUGAAUUUUUAAAAUGUCUCUGCUAUUUUUAAUUAUUCAUUGGGGAAAAACCUCAGAUAAUUUUUUUAAUUCAAAAGUUAUUUAUAAAAUGCUAGAAUUUAUUAUUUUAACUUUUUAUAUUUUGAGUCAAUUCACAUAAAGACUCAGUUGCAAUUUUUACAUUUUUAUCAAUGGUUGAGAAACAAUGUAUAAAUGUAAGUGGUUUGACCAAAUUUGGAUGAGUAUUGUUACCAUGGUCUUUCUCUGUGGUACAAUAUUCUUUCUAUAUGUUUAAAAAAAAAAGACUAGACGAGCUUGUCUUUCAGAAUAACAGAAAUGUCCAUUGAAUUCACAAGUACCUAGAAAAAUAUUCUGGAUUUAGAGCAAAUGCUGAUAUUUAUCUUCCAUCACAGAGUAUGGUGAGAUCUCUAAUCCUGAAAUGGUCAGAAGGCCAAGAGCCAACUAUGCAGCAGUGUACCGUCCAUAAAAUUAUUUUAGGGGCCUUAUUUGUAGGGAACCCGCUUACCCACUUCAGAAUUUUGUGGGAAGUUGAUCCAGACCAAGAAUAGUUCAGAUCAGCUGCAUUGGACAUAUUUUAAGUAAGUAGGAAUUUAGUCAGUCUCAGCCCUGAAUGUGUAUCAUUUCUUUGAAGGUUUUUAUGUUCUUGUGUCCACCGAAGUUAAUUUCAGAUACUAAUGUGCACAAUACUGCAUCACUACAUCUUAGCUAUGGAUAUUUUGGUUUUAUAUUUUGUUUAUUUAUAACUGUGCCAAGUAUUAUUUUACUACUGUCAGGAUCUUGUUGUGUUACAUUGUGGAACAAAAACCCUGUAAAAUGUUUAAUAAAUUAGCUCUCCUUACAUAAAUUAAAUCUGUCAGAUUUUUGUAAAUUAUUAAUCAAAAUAAAUAUUGACUAUUAAAUAUA